AUGGCCGCCGGUAGCAAAGCAACAGGGUUUUCAUCGUUACCAGACGAGACCGCGGGUAGACCGACAUAUCCUCCCCCUUCUUCGAAGCGUAACUCGCCUUUCCUACCGACGCCUCUCGAAACCCUGGUGCUCCUCGUGUACCCGACGCUCCUCACGUUCGGCACCCUGUUCUCAAUCAUCAGCCCGCAGACCAGGGCCUCGCCGUACGACCCGACGGGCCACUCGCACGUGCCCAGCGCGGCACCGAGUUACUUCGCGCGCAAGGACAACGUGUUCAACACGCUUUUCGUCAAGCGCGGGUGGGCGUGGCUCAGCGUCGCGUUCGCGACUUUCGUGCUAACGCACCCGGCGCUCGGGGCGCAGAGAAGACGUAUACACGCCGCGGGCAGGUGGGCGCUCGUCACGGCGUGGUGGGUGCUCGUCACGCAGUGGUGCUUCGGCCCGGCUAUCAUCGAUCGCGGGUUCCGCUUCACGGGCGGCAGGUGCGAGAUCGCGCGGGAGGCGGUGGCCGAGGGCGCGGCUGAUAAGGCGGACGUGUUCACGGCGGUGGCGUGUAAGGCCGCGGGGGGCCGGUGGAGCGGCGGCCACGAUAUUAGCGGCCAUGUGUUCUUGCUCGUGCUGGGCAGCUUCUUCCUGCUGCAGGAGGUGGGCUGGGUGGUGUAUCGCGCGGGGCGCGCGGGGGGCCGCGAGGAGAGGUGUGUUGUUAUGUCGGACGGGGCGGUGAAGGGCGCGAGCGUCGAGGCGGAGAGCGCGGAGCCGGUUGUGGAUGAGGGGGUGUUGGGGUUGGGGGGGAGGUUUGCGCUGGGGAUUGUGGUGGCUUGUUUGUGGAUGUUGCUUAUGACUGCUAUUUACUUCCAUACGUGGUUUGAGAAGUUGACUGGAUUGUUGGUUGCUGCCAUGGGCAUCUACCCUGUAUACAUACUCCCGCGGUGGAUACCGGGGUUGAGGGCGCUCGUUGGGUUGCCUGGGAUAUAA